UGCCCGCGCUCCCUCACUCGGGUCCGCGGGAGCCCGCAACGAAGCGAGAGAAAAAAAGAAGCGUACGAGAAAGCGCAGAAAGGAGAGAAUGGAGCGUCCGACUCCACGGGAGGAAUAACAAGAAGAAGAGGAAGAGCGAGAGAACGAGACCCGUGAAGGAGGAAGAGGAGUGAACAGCAAACUUUUUUUUUUCACUUGUUCGAUUCCCCUUUUUCGCUUGUUCCGGACGGGGUGGGAGGGGGGGGGGGGAGACUGUCACGGACUCGGGCCACGUUUGAAAACAUGGAUACACUUUCCCGUGAACGUCUGGGACUUGUUCUUCUUCUUCUUCUUCACCUCUCCACGGUGUCCACGCAGAUGCCGACAGGAAGUUGCACAUUUGACGAGGGCUUCACUCAGUGUGAUUACCAGCAGGAUCCCUAUGAUGACUUCGACUGGACACACAUCAACACCCAGGAUGUGCCCUACGUGUCACCGCACCUGCCACACGGUUCCUUCAUGUACGUGGACGUCUCCCAGUACGAUGUCGGCGAAAAGGCCCGAUUCCAGCUGCCGGUCAUGAAGGAGAACGACACCCACUGCAUCGACUUCAACUAUCUGCUCAGCAGCCCUGAUGGCUCCAGCCCCGGCACCCUGAACGUCCUGGUGAAGGUGAACAAGGGUCCUUUGGCCAACCCCAUAUGGAACGUGACGUCCUACACCGGUAAAGACUGGCUGAGGGCUGAACUGGCUGUCUCCACCUUUUGGCCAAAUGAAUAUCAGGUCAUAUUUGAAGCCGAGGUGUCGGACAGCAAAGCCGGCUUCAUCGCCAUCGAUGACAUCCAGGUGCUCAGCUACCCGUGCGAUAAAUCUCCUCAUUUCCUGCGUCUCGGGGACGUGGAGGUGAACGCUGGACAGAACGCCACGUUCCAGUGUAUCGCCACGGGAAGAGAAACGUCCAACAACAAACUCUGGCUGCAGAGGAGAAACGGAGAAGAUAUUCCCGUGGCUCUGACCAAGAACAUCAACCACCGACGCUUUGCCGCCUCCUUCCACCUGAAGGAAGUCACCGGUCAGGACCAGGACUUGUACCGCUGCGUCACCCAAUCAGAGCGCGGCUCGGGGGUGUCCAACUUCGCAGGGCUCAUCGUCAGAGAGCCUCCGCACCCCAUCGCCCCCCCCCAGCUGCUGGGCGUCGGCCCGACCUACCUCCUGAUUCAACUCAACGCCAACUCCAUAUUUGGAGACGGACCUAUUAUCCUGAAAGAGGUCGAGUACCGUAUGACAUCCGGCAGCUGGAUCGAGACUCACGCCGUCAACUCUCCCAACUACAAGCUGUGGCAUCUGGACCCGGACACGGAGUACGAGAUCCGAGUGCUGCUGACCCGACCCGGAGAGGGAGGGACGGGCAAAUCGGGACCACCGCUCAUCACCAGGACCAAAUGUGCAGAACCCAUGAGAACCCCCAAGAAGCUGAAGAUCGCCGAGACCAGGUCCCGUAUGAUCGCCGUGGACUGGGAGUCACUGGGUUACAACAUCACCCGCUGUCACACCUUCAACGUCACCAUCUGUUACCACUACAUGACGUCCAGCAACCGCAGCAAGGCCGACUGCCUGGACAUGGACCCUAAAGCACCACGCCACCUGGUGGGAAACCUGCCGCCCUACACCAACGUCAGCCUGAAGAUGAUCCUCACCAAUCCAGAGGGACGGAAAGAGAGCGACGAGACCGUCAUUCAAACUGAUGAAGAUGUUCCAGGUGCAGUUCCCAGUCAGUCGCUGAAAGCCACUCCAUAUGAAGACAGAAUUCUGCUCUACUGGAAGGAACCGACCGAACCCAAUGGAAUCCUCAUACAAUACGAGAUCAGCUACAUCAGCAUCCGUUCCUUCGACCCCUCGGUGCCUCUGCAGCGGCCGGGUCUCACGGCGUCUCUGCCCUCCAACGCCACCAACCACCUGUUCCCCCAGCUCCACCCGGGCGUCACGUACCAUCUCUCUAUACGAGCGUCCACCUCCAAAGGAUUCGGUCCCGCAACCACGCUCAACGUGACAACCAACAUCUCGGCCCCGACAAUAGACGAGUACGACGGGUCAGAGGCUUUUCUGAAUGAAACUGCAACAACCAUCACUGUCCUGCUCAAACCUGCACAGGCCAAGGGAGCUCCUAUAAGUGCGUACCAGAUUGUGGUGGAGGAGGUGAAUCCUCAGCGGACUCGACGCCAAGCUUCCUCCGACUGUUACGAGGUCCCAGUGUCCUACCACAGUGCGUCCAGUGGUGGAUCUCCGUAUUAUUAUGCCGCCCAGCUUUCCCCCAGCAGCCUGCCUGAGCCGCUCCCCUUCACUGUGGGCGACAACAAGACGUAUCAGGGUUUCUGGAAUCCUCCGCUGGCUCCGAGGAAGAACUACAACAUCUACUUUCAGGCUGUUAGCAGCACAGAGCGGGAAACUAAAACCCAGUGUCUGAGGCUGGCGACUAAAGGUGCUACCGAGGAGCCGGAAGUCAUCCCCGACCCGGCUAAACAGACGGACCGGGUGGUGAAGAUCGCCGGGAUCAGUGCGGGGGUUCUCGUCUUUAUUCUGCUGGUGUUGGUAGCCAUCCUAUUGGUCAAGAAGAGGAGGACCUACUAUUCAUACUCUUAUUACCUGAAACUGGCCAAAAAACGUAAGGACGCCAUCGGAACCACACGGCAGGAAAUGACGCACAUGGUGAACGCCAUGGAUCGCAGCUACGCCGACCAGAGCACUCUGCACGGAGAAGACCCGAUGGCCGUCACGUUCAUGGACUCGCACAACUACAACAACAGAUAUGAGAACCACAGCGCCUCGGCAGCGGAGAACAGUCGGCUCCUGGAUGUUCCUCGGUAUCACUGUGAAGGCACCGAGUCUCCUUACCAGACGGGUCAGCUCCACCCGGCCAUCAGAGUGGCCGACCUCCUGCAGCACAUCAACCUGAUGAAGACCUCCGACAGCUACGGCUUUAAGGAGGAGUAUGAAUUGGUGAUACAGAGCUUCUUCGAGGGCCAGUCGGCCUCCUGGGACGUCGCCAAGAAGGAGCAGAACCGCACCAAGAACCGCUACGGGAACAUAAUAGCAUAUGACCACUCGAGGGUUAUUCUUCAGCCCAUCGAAGACGACCCCUCCUCCGACUACAUCAACGCCAACUACAUCGAUGGCUACCAGAGGCCAAGUCACUACAUCGCUACUCAAGGUCCUGUUCACGAGACCGUGUACGACUUCUGGAGGAUGGUGUGGCAGGAGCAGUCCGCCUGCAUCGUAAUGGUGACCAAUCUGGUGGAGGUGGGAAGGGUCAAGUGCUAUAAGUAUUGGCCCGAUGAUGCCGAGGUGUUCGGAGACUUCAAGGUGACGUUUGUGGAGGUGGAGCCUCUCGCUGAGUAUGUGGUUCGCACCUUUACACUGGAGAGGCGUGGGUUCAAUGAGGUCCGUGAGGUCAAGCAGUUCCACUUCACAGGCUGGCCUGAUCACGGAGUUCCAUAUCACGCCACGGGACUACUUUCCUUCAUCCGCAGGGUUAAAAUCUCCAACCCACCGUCUGCUGGGCCCAUUGUGGUCCACUGCAGUGCUGGAGCAGGGCGGACCGGCUGCUUCAUAGUCAUUGACAUCAUGUUGGACAUGGCGGAGAGAGAGGGCGUGGUCGACAUCUACAACUGUGUGAAGGCUCUCCGCUCCAGGAGGAUCAACAUGGUACAGACUGAGGAGCAGUACAUAUUCAUCCAUGACGCCAUACUAGAGGCGUGUCUAUGUGGAGAAACAGCCAUCCCAGUGUGCGAGUUCAAAGCUGCUUUUUACGAGCUGAUCCGAAUCGACUCCCAGACCAACUCGUCCCACAUAAAGGACGAGUUCCAGACGUUGAACUCGGUGACUCCGCAGCCGCAGCCCGAGGACUGCAGCAUCGCGUUGCUGCCUAGGAACCAGGACAAGAACCGCUUCAUGGACGGCCUCCCCCCCGACCGGUGCCUCCCCUUCCUCAUCACGAUAGACGGGGAGAGCAGCAACUACAUCAACGCCGCGCUCAUGGAUAGCUACCGGCAGCCGGCUGCGUUCAUCGUUACCCAGCAUCCUCUGCCCAACACCGUCAAAGACUUCUGGCGUCUGGUGUACGACUAUGGAUGUACCAGUCUGGUGAUGCUGAACGAGAUCGACCUGGCUCAGGGUUGUCCUCAGUACUGGCCUGAGGAGGGCAUGCUGCGCUACGGCCCCGUCCAGGUGGAGUGUAUGUCCUGCUCCAUGGACUGUGACAUCAUCAGUCGCCUCUUCAGAGUCUGCAACCUCACCAGGCCUCAGGAAGGCUACCUGAUGGUGCGUCAGUUCCAGUACCUGGGGUGGGCGGGGCACAGAGAAGUCCCCGCCUCCAAGCGCUCCUUCCUGAAGCUGAUCCUGCAGGUGGACCAGUGGCAGCGCGAGGGGGAGGAGGGCGAGGGAAGAACCAUCGUGCACUGCCUAAACGGAGGCGGGCGCAGCGGCGUGUUCUGUGCCAGCAGCAUCGUGUGUGAGAUGGCCAAGAGGCAGAGCGUGGUGGACGUCUUCCACGCCGUGAAGACGCUGAGGAACAGCAAGCCCAACAUGGUGGACACGCCGGAACAGUAUCGGUUCAGCUACGACCUGGCGCUGGAGUUCAUGGAGUCGUCCUAAACAAGAGAGAGAUGAGGAGGAGGAGGAGGAGGAGGAGGAGAAGAUCGGGAGAACAUCCCUUCACCUCCAUCGUCUUUGAUCCCCCCCUUCUCCCUCCCUCCCUCUCUCUCUCUCUGUGUGUGUGGUGGCCGUUCUGUUACAUCCAUCCUACACUCGGCAGAACAGAAACCGGCUCCUUGUCCAGUGUUGGUAAACAAAGGGAAACAGGAGGAGCAGCAGCAGCAGCAGCGGAGGAGGAGGAGGCGACCUCCCUCCUUUUUACUCCUUCAUGCUUAUUGUACAGCUUUUUUGAGUGCCAGCGGGGCCCCUGUAUGUUUGGGGCUCCAUUUAAAUGUUAAGCGUUUCACCACGACUGCCCCCCCAACCCCA